AUGAUACGCCGAGUUAUAGUAGUCGGCAGUACAAUUAUAUCUUACGGAUAUUACAAAUUGUUCACUCCGGAAGCGCCUAGAAAAUAUAUUUACUCAAACAGAUCUAAACAUGACAGGUCAGCAACAGUAAGUCUUAUCAUCGGCACUGGUAUUAUCGGUCUGACGAGUGCAUAUUAUUUAGCAAAAAGUGGACAUAAAGUUAUUUGUAUUGAAAAACGAGAAGAUGUAGCUUUAGAAACAAGUUAUAAAAAUGGCUCAUUAAUUUGUCCAUCCCUAUUGACUCCAUGGGCGAAUUCGAACGUACCAAAGAAAUAUCUUAAAUCAAUAUUUUCUUUUUCAUCAAACACAACGUCUACUAAAAUUUGGCCAAGUAAUUAUGUUUCUAUGAGAUUCUAUCGUUGGAUGUAUGCAUAUUUAAAAAACUGUACAACAAAAGCUCAGGCUAAAAAUGCAAAGAAUUUAUUAGCACUUAGUAUGUAUUCUCGACAAUGUUUGGAUGAUAUUCUUAAUGAAACUUCUAUAUCGUUUUCUCGUUGUUCGAUUGGUUCAUUACAAUUAGCUGAAGAUUCGACUAUUCUUGAGGAAAUAAUUGAAGAAUCAAAGUUUAAUGAAAAUAUACAAAUUCUAUCAACAUCAGAUGAAGUUAUUAAACAUGAACCCAUAUUAGCAGCAGUUAAGGAUCGGUUACACGGUGGCGUCUUUAGUUCAUCAGAUACAAACGGAAAUAUUUAUGAAUUUUGUUGCGAAUUGAAGAAAAUUCUCAUCGAAAAAUAUGGCGUUCAGUUUCUAUUUAAUCAGGAGAUUAAAAGUUUUAUUGUAGACAGUACAAGUGAAAGUAUUUUUGGGGAACAAAAGAGUCAUAUAGGUGGAGUUACGACAAAUUCGAAUCAAGUCAUUCAUAAAAUAGAUAAUAUAAUUUUAACAAAUGGAAAUUAUAUUAUGCCAUUGAUGGAAAAACUAAAAGUUUUUAUACCAGUUUAUCCUGUUAAGGGCUAUGUAGUUGAAAUAGUAACCCCACCGAAUAUUCCAUUUCCAUCGAUGAAUUUAGUCGAUGAUGGAAAUAAAUUAUAUAUUUCAGCAUUAAAGCCAAAUGAUAAACAAGGCAUAGUUCGAGUUAGUGGUCUUGCUGAAUUUGCAGGAUGGAAAGAUAUUGGUGUUCUUAGUGAACCAGAUCGAGCUCAAUAUUUGUAUGAACAAACAAUAAAAUGGUUACCACAUUUAGAGCCGUAUGAAAAAAAAUUUCAUAGUUGUUCGCGUCCUGUUUCAGCUGACGACGUACCAUUGAUUGGACAGUAUGAUCAUUUUGAUAAUCUUUUUGUUAAUUGUGGUCACGGUAGUAAAGGAUGGACCCUUGCAUUUGGAUCAGCUGCUCUAUUGGAAAAUAUUAUUAACGGAAAGCCAACUCCGAAAGUAGUGCCAGCCCUUGAUCCUGAUCAAUAUUCUCCAAAUAGAUUUUAA